AUGUCUGCGGGAGGCGAUUCCUUGCAAAAUGGUGAUUUCUUUCCCAUUUUUGGCGGCGUCAAUCCCGGUUUGAACUCGGUCCCCCUCAUCUUCAUCAUCACGGUAACUGCAAUUAAGGACGCGAUCGAGGACUCCCGCCGAACGGUUCUAGAUAACGUCUUGAACAACGCCCCUGUUCACCGGCUCCAGAAUUGGGAGAACGUCAACGUCACGGAUGACAAUAUCUCUUUGUGGAGGCAGCUCAAGAAAGCCACGACCCGGGGUGUCGUGUGGCUAUGGACCGCCAUCAAGAGCAUUUGGUCCCAAAAGGCCAAGGAGGCGCGCGCAAAGGCGAAGGAGCAGACCAUGGCGGAGCCCCGCAUGUCUGUCGAGACGCGCAUCACUUUGCGUGGCUCCAUGUUGUCUCCCUAUCUAACCGCGACUCUUUUGUCUCUGCAAGGGAGUCCAUUCAACUUACUCCGGUCCCCUCCCCCUCCCUCCCCCGAGGAUGCCGACGCUCGCGAACGCCAGCGUGCCAUGAUUGUUCGGUCGAUGAAGAAGGACAUGGUGAAUCGCAACAAGCCAGCUGAACGGAAGGCUCGCUUCCACCCUAGUACCUGGAAGGAGUUGAGGGUUGGCGAUUUUGUUCGCGUCCACAACAACGAUGAGCUGCCCGCGGACAUCAUUGUCCUCUCCACUUCGGGUGCUGAAGGCACCUGCUUUAUCGAGACCAAGAACUUGGACGGCGAGACCAAUCUCAAGUCCCGGUCUGCCCUUCAAUGCGGCCAGACUAUCAAGCACGCUCGUGACUGUGAACGAGCAGAGUUUUGGAUUGAUAGCGAAGAUGCGCACCCCAAUCUCUACAAAUAUAAUGGCGCCAUCCGAUGGCGGCAGCACCUCCCCAACGACCCUGACGGCGAACCGGAAGAGCUGACGGAACCCAUCGGCAUUGACAACCUGCUGCUCCGAGGCUGCACUCUCCGCAAUACCGAGUGGGCCCUGGGCGUCGUCAUUUUCACUGGUCACGACACCAAGAUCAUGAUGAAUGCUGGUGCGACGCCUAGCAAGCGCGCCCGAAUUGCUCGAGAGCUCAACUUCAACGUCGUCUGCAACUUCGUCGUUCUGUUCGUCAUGUGCCUCGUCUCCGGGCUCGUCAACGGCGCCACCUUCGCAAAGACGGAUGCUUCGCAUACCUUUUUCGAGUUUGGGUCAAUUGGAGGAAGUCCAGCCAUGAGCGGUUUCAUCACCUUUUGGGCCGCCCUCAUCUUGUUCCAGAAUUUGGUUCCCAUCUCGCUCUAUAUCACCCUGGAAGUUGUUCGUGUUUUGCAAGCCAUCUUCAUCUACAGCGACGUUGAAAUGUACUACGAUAAAAUCGACGAGCCUUGUCUGCCAAAAUCCUGGAACAUCUCGGAUGAUGUUGGCCAGAUCGAGUACAUCUUCUCCGACAAGACCGGCACCCUCACAGAAAACAUCAUGGAGUUUAAGAAAGCAACGAUUAACGGCCAACCGUAUGGCGAGGCGUACACCGAGGCCCAGGCCGGAAUGCAGAAACGAUUGGGUGUGGACGUGGAGAAGGAGGCUGAAAGGGUUAAGAAGGAGAUUGCAGAGGCUAAGCAGCAGACUCUGAAGAGGUUGCGAGAGAUUAGCCCGAACCCUUACCUUCACGACGAGGACCUCACCUUCAUCGCGCCAGACUUCGUCUCGGAUCUUGCCGGCGAUACGACCAAGGAGCAGCAGCAAGCGAACGAGCGGUUCAUGUUGGUCCUAGCGCUGUGCCAUACCGUUAUCCCCGAGAGGAUAUCAGGCGACAAGCCCAAGGUCAUCUUUAGAGCACAAUCUCCAGACGAAGCCGCUCUUGUUGCGACAGCGCGAGACAUGGGCUUCACCGUCCUCUCCACGGCGAAUGAUGUCAUGGACGUCGAUGUCAUGGGCGAGCAACGACAGUACCCGAUCCUUAACGUCAUCGAGUUCAACUCUACCCGAAAGCGCAUGAGCUCCAUUGUCAGGAUGCCCGACGGCAAGUUGAUGCUCUUCUGCAAGGGUGCCGACAGCAUUAUUUACUCGAGGUUGAAGCGUGGCGAGCAAAAGGAGCUUAGGCAGGAGACGGCAAAGCACCUCGAGAUGUUUGCACGAGAAGGUUUGAGGACGCUCUGUAUCGCCGAGCGCGAGCUCUCGGAGGAUGAGUACUAUGCAUGGAAAAAGAAGCACGAUCAGGCCGCCGCCGCCAUCGAGAACCGAGAAGAGAAACUCGACGCGGUCGCUGAAUUAAUUGAACAGGACUUGAUGCUCUUGGGUGGCACGGCCAUCGAGGAUCGUCUCCAAGACGGUGUUCCCGACACGAUUGAACUGCUCGGCACGGCGGGUAUCAAGCUCUGGGUACUGACAGGCGACAAGGUAGAGACCGCCAUCAACAUUGGCUUCUCAUGCAACCUGCUCAACAACGACAUGGAAUUGAUCCACCUCAAGGUGGACGAGGACGAAACUGGAGAAACGCCUGAUGAGACAUUCCUUGCUACCCUCGAGAAGGAGCUCGACGACCAGCUAAAGGUCUUUGGCCUUACGGGCAGCGACGAGGAUCUGGCCGCGGCUAAGAAGAAUCACGAACCCCCGGCCCCGACCCACGGUCUCGUCGCAAAGUUCCUUUUGCUCUGCAAGCAGUGCAAAUCGGUUCUCUGCUGCCGUGUCAGCCCCGCCCAAAAGGCGGCCGUCGUCUCCAUGGUUAAGAACGGCCUUGACGUCAUGACGCUCUCGAUUGGCGACGGCGCCAACGAUGUUGCCAUGAUCCAGGAGGCCGAUGUCGGUGUUGGCAUCGCCGGUCUCGAGGGAAGGCAGGCGGCCAUGUCGUCUGAUUAUUCUGUUGCGCAGUUCCGAUACCUCCAGAGGCUCGUCCUUGUGCACGGGCGUUGGUCUUACCGGAGGUUGGCGGAAACCAUUCCCAACUUCUUCUACAAGAACAUGGUGUGGACGUUUGCCAUUUUCUGGUACCAGAUUUACUGCGACUUUGACCAGACGUACAUUUUCGAGUACACGUAUAUUCUGAUGUUUAACCUGUUCUUCACUUCCCUCCCGGUCGGCAUCAUGGGUGUCCUCGACCAGGACGUGUCGGACAAGGUUUCGCUCGCUGUACCCCAGCUUUACCGACGCGGUAUCGAGCGCCUGGAGUGGACGCAGCGCAAGUUCUGGUUCUACAUGAUUGAUGGUGCCUACCAAUCGGUCAUGGUGUUCUUCAUCCCCUACCUCGUGUUUAUCAGCAACUCGUUUGUCACGUUCAACGGAUUGGAUGUCGCGGAUCGAGUACGGCUCGGCGCGUAUAUUGUCCACCCGGCCGUCCUCACUAUCAACGCGUACAUCCUCAUCAACACGUACCGAUGGGACUGGAUCAUGCUUCUCAUCGUUUGUCUGAGCGAUCUCUUCGUCUUCUUCUGGACGGCCAUCUACUCGCAGUUUCCCAACGCGAGCAAGGGUGUCUUCUUUGGACUCGCCGGUCAAAUUUACGGGCAGCUUAGCUUCUGGGCCGUCUUCCUCAUUGUGCCGGUCAUCUGCCUGUUCCCUCGAUUUGCCAUCAAGGCCAUCCAAAAGGUGUACUUCCCGUACGACGUUGAUAUCAUUCGAGAGCAGGAUCUGCAGGGCAAGUUCAAGCAUCUGGAGCCCACCAGCGACAGCAAGAGCUCCGACGCGAGCUCGGCCGUGGUCAGCAAGGCCGAGAGCAUUUCGCCGGCAUCAUCGGAUAGCUACAAGAAGAAGCACCAGGUCUAUGGCAGCGUGGAUGAAGAGCGGCGACCCAUCUAUCCGCCAUCGGUGGUGACACAAAACACACACCAUCGGCUCAGGAGCCAAAACGGCAGCGACGGCACCAACUACACAGGCCACCGAUCUUCGUUUGACGAUGCCUUUGCAGCGCCAGCGCCCCAGCGCAUGUCAAUCGACCGAGCCAGGCCGUCGUAUGACCGCAUCCGAGCAUCGAUGGACCGCGUCCGUCCUAGCUUCGAGGCGAGCAGCGACUUUACUUCGGCAGCGCGGUUGUCUCGCAUCGAAUCAACGCAGAGCGGAAGGUUCAGGCCGAGGCUACGGGGUUUGUCCCUUCACAAGAACAACCACCAUCAGCAUCACGACUUGUAA